AUGUGUUUAGGUAUCCCGAUGAAACAGACAGAUGCGCAAUGUGGUCAAACCUUUGAAAACGAUCCAACUGACAAUCAAGAUGUUGACGACGAAAGUGAAGUUGACCCUGAUGAUGAGGAGGAAGUCGAUGAUUGGAUGUUAUUAUGCAGAAUUAACCAAAAUUAUGGUGAAGCAGUGGACUGGUUUGAAAUGGUAAGAGCUGUGCCUAGAGAUUUAUUAAAGGAAUCUCCAGGAUGGAUUUAUAGUCAAAGAAGGGAGGCUGAAGAACAUGGUCAGCAUUUUCGAGAAGAUGAUCAACAAUGUGUAAUUGAUCCGGAGACCUUGAAUGAAAAACAACGCCUUGCUUAUGACAUCAUCACAUCUCAGAAUGGUGAUAAUGCCGAGCCUGUUUAUAUGAUUGUGUGUGGAACAGCUGGCACAGGUAAGACAUACUUAAUAAGUGCAACAAAAUAAGUAUUAGCCACUCAGUGUGUUGUUACAGCAACUACUGGGAUUGCAGCCUUUAGUAUUAAUGGUCAAACAUUACAUUCUGCUGCUCAACUUCCUAUCCGUGAAUAUAGGGAUUUGCAGGGUGAUUCACUACAGCGGUUACAGCUGAGGCUGGAAGGUAAAAGAUUUCUGAUUAUUGAUGAAAUGUCAAUGAUUGGACAUAAAAUGCUAUCAUGGCUUGACAAUAGAUUACGUGCUGGUACUGGAAAGGAAGAUAUCCCUUUUGGUGGUAUGUCAGUAAUUCUAAUGGGGGAUUUUGGUCAAUUACCACCUGUUGGUGAUAAGCCAAUGUAUGUUUCAGGUAAUGGAACUGUAGUAAGUGACCAUGAACAUACUGUAGUUUGUAUCUGAUGUUUGAGUCUGUCAUUAUUUUAGAUCAAGUGAUGCGUCAGGCUAGUGAGAACCCUGAGGCAGUUGCUUUUAGAGCCUUGCUGAUGAGAAUGCGAAAUGGAGAAGUGACAGGGGAGGACUGGAAACUAUUGUUGGAGCAUUCAACAACAAAUGUACCAAUGGAUCAAUUUACUGAUGCCAUCCGAUUGUACUUUGACAAGAAAAGUGUUGCUGAAUACAAUUACAGUACGAGAAGCUAUUGCAGCUUGGACAACCUGUUGCUAAAAUUCAGGCAAAGCAUUCUGGUCAUGGUGCCAGUGCGGCAACGUCGGACGAAGCUGGUGGAUUGGAUGCUGUUCUGUUUUUAUCCACAAAAGCAGAAGUAAUGCUCACUUGCAACCUGUGGGCUGAAGUUGGUCUCUGCAAUGGAUCAUUUGGCACUAUUGAGCAGAUUUGGUUUGCAGAGAAUAUGGGUCCACCAAACCUGCUAAUAGCAGUAUUGGUACACUUCCAUAGUUACACUGGUCCUGCAUUCCUAGAUGCAUGUUCUAAAUGUAUACCUGUGCCACCCAAAGUGUUUGAAUGGGUGGCUGAUGGAAAGUGUCUGUCAAGGCAACAAGUGCCUUUGCGGUUGAGGUAUGCAAUGACUAUUCAUAAGUCACAAGGACAGACACUAACAAAAGCUGUUGUUCAUUUAGGUAAAGGAGAAAAAGUUGCUGGAUGCACAUUUGUAGCUACAUCACGGGUGAGAUCGAUUCAUGAUAUUGUAUUUGAACCUAUGACAUUUGAUCGCCUGAAAGCAAUUGGUAGGAGUAAAAAUAUGCAAAAACGACUCGAAGCUGAACAGCGACUUAAAGUGCUUGCAGAGAAAACUGUCCAAACAUAUAAUAGGUCAUGA